CACACCCUGGUCACUGAGACUCAGGGGCUUGUCUAAUGCAGCCCUCAUUCUCACAAGCCUCUGGGGCUUCAGUCUGUUGCUGCUUCAGCGAUGCCAGGGAGCCCUCCACAGAUGACCAUGUCAGCAGUGACUGCCCAGCCACUCCCCUUCAGGCGUCUAGAGCGGGAAAAGCAUAUCGAGAUGCUCUUUAGGGCCUUUCGUGGGCGCCGGAGGCCCCGAUUGGAUCCCCAAGACUUGCCUGGGUCUCGACCCCAACAAGGCUCACCAGCCUUGGGGUCUAAUGACUACAGUCAGGGCCUGGGCCAUGGGGAUGUAAGAGAGAAUGGCCACGUGGGAGCCGGAGAGGUUGGAGGUCCAGGAAUGCAGCUGCAUGGAGAACAGUGGCCUGGUGCAGGCGCUGGAGUAGAGGGUCUGUCGCUGUUUAACUCUGUCAGCCAGCUUCACAUCACAGCCAAGCCAGAACUGCAAGGUCCUCAGUGCGUGCCCCGCAGGACCUACAGCAUCACCAGCGGAGGCAGCAGAGAGCAGCUGUUUGUAGCUGUGGAAGAGAGUUCCUGUGUGUGUCUGCAGUGCUGCGGUCCGGCUCGCUCCUGUUCGCUGAAAGGCUUCGACCCCCAGGCUCGCCAGGUCUUCCAUUUUGAGAGGCCCUUCAGGGUGGACGCGUGCUGCCUGGGCUGCUGCCUGAUGGAAAUGAAGGCCUACACUCCCCAGCACCAGCUCGUGGGCACAGUCAAACAGAGAUGGAGCAUGUUUACUCCUCUCCUGGAAGUGUGUGACUCUGAAGGAAAGUCCAGUCUGAGGAUCCAGGGCUCCUGCUGCCCCAGUCGCUGCUUCGCCAACCAGGAGUUCCAGGUGAUCUCAACAAUUGGGGAGAAAAUUGGCACAAUAUGGAAGAAGUGGCCUGGGUUUAAUGAGGAAUGCAACAUGGAUCAUGAAUACUUUGGAAUGCAAGUUCCACAGGAUAUGACAUCAAACACCAAACUGCUUCUGUUGGGUACUACCUUCCUGUUGAAUCACAUGUUCUUCGAGAUGAGUUGAGUGGUCUGGGAAAUCAUCCAGUGAGAGAUGAGCAAACUCAUUUCAUCAAAAGUGGACCGUGAGAAUAGCAGAGGCCCCCCAACGAC